AUGGAGCCUGCGAAGAGCCCCGUGAGCUACGGGGCAGCGUCCGGCUCCGGGGAAGCUGAGCUGCCGGACCUCACGGAGCAGCUGAAAGCCAGCGGCAUAUAUGAGGAGUACCUGGCCUAUCGCAAGAGCUACUUCGAUUGGCGCAAGGGGAGCGCCACAGGUGCGCAAGGUGAGUUGACAGCAGACGCGCUGGAGCAACAAUGCAUACUGGAGCGUGGCUUCGAGUAUUGGUACCCCACCGCCUCCAUCUUUCAGAUGCGAUUCACCAUCGCUUAUUGGAGCUCAGUGCUCUUUCUGUUGGGCUCCAUCUUCUUCUGUAUGAACAGCGCCUGCCGGAUGCUGCGCGCUCACGGGGGCCGGCCUGUGCAGGUUUGGCCCAACUUCUUCGGGGCCAUCGCUUACAGCGUCGCCUGCUACCUGCUGUACCUGCAGCUCAUUAACCUCCCCACCCGCAAGGUGGAGUCGCUGCGUUUCCUGUGCCCGGACUGGGGCCGGAUCCACGACCGGGCCAGCACGGCCUCCUCCGUGGGCACCUUGGCGUUUUUGGCGGGCGCACUGCUCUUCCAGGUCUCCUGCACUGCGGCGUUGUGGGAGCUAUCUCCAAAGUGGGAGCUGACCCUCAUCAGCAUGCCGAACUUCAUUGGCAGCAUCCUCUUCGUGCUGGGCGGAGUGUGUGAGAUCCUGAUCAACGGAGCUGUCGAUGACAAAGACAAUGGCUCUCGCGUGGUGUUGCUGGCCUCUUGGUGUACCUUCAUCGGCAGCUGUUUUUUCACUGCCGCAGCUUUCUUCUCCCUGCUCGUCCCGGACUGGCCGCGCAGCGGGCUCUUGAGCAGCCUUGGCUACUUUCUGGGCGCGGCGGCCUUCGGGAUCAACGCGGUGCUGCUUUUGCUCCUCUGGGAGGCAAACGACUUUGGGCUCACGCUGUUUUACCAGCUGAACCGCGUGAUUGAGGCGGCCAGUGGCAGCACCAAGGCGCGCUUGCGAGCAGCCGCUUCAGACAGCUCCAAGAUGUCCAUCCGCGAUGUCACCUUCAUUGCGAUCUACUGCUGGUUCAUUGCAAUGGCCUUGAUCGACUGCAUCAUCAAGGAGAAGUGGUACCAGGAAGGCUUCUACCGCAGCGGACUGCUUUUGUGGACAGGCUUGGGCCUGCAGAUCUUCGUGGUGGCGACCGUCUUCAUUGUGCUUCUCAUCCACUCGGUGGUCCUUCAGGUGCCCAGCGCCGAGCCCUUCCGGAGCGCCAUGUACGCCGCCAGAGCCAUACUGAUCCUCGGCACCUUGUGCGAAUCCAUAGAUGUCAUGGCCUUCCUCAGCGGCUACGCCACCUUGGACGCUGAGCAUUUGAAGUCCCUACUGCGGCGCCAUGGCUUGCUGAAGCAGGUAUCACCCAAUCCGUGA